GACAGACUGGCGACCUGUCCACAGCCCUAUAACAGCUGGGAUAGGCUCCAGCGCCCCCCCGCGACCCUGAAAAGGAUAAGCGGAAGCGAAUUGAUGGAUGGUUACUUGGGUUAUUCAUUAACGCUUUAGCAGCAAAGUGGGUGGAAGUGAUGGAGCCUUUCAAGGCAGGAAAGAGCACUCUUGUUACUCACAGCUUCCUUUCGUUCAUCACAUGACAGAUGCCAGGCUAAAGGCCAUUGUGCCACCCGGUAAAUGCCUUUCAUGUUGAGGGGUGUUGGAUUCUUCACCGUCUCUGAAGUCAUCAGCUAUCCUUUGGUGCCUCCAGGACAACUGCUGAUAUUUUGGGGCUUUCGCUGUCAUCUGUCAAUGAGUACACAUUGACAGUCUGCUCAUCAUCAGACAGUAGCUGACUGCAUUUCACCAGAUAUGGCCCCUCUUGCUUGCUUAAAUCUGAGGGGUCAGUUGCCUGCAGAUACUGCAUAUUCAUAUGCAGAUAGCUUUUAAUAGUUACUAAAAUUUCCUUGUCUGAAAAGAUCUUUGGCCUCUGUGAAGGUUCUAUUAUAAUGUAAAUGCUUUGCAUAUGUAGAUGACUGACUGUAAAUCAACAGAUUCAUUACAGAGAUUCCCUGUGGGGGUAAUUUCAGCACCACUUACUGUGUUUUAUACCAAGUAAAUGACAACGAACAUAAAUACAAAACAGCCUCCUUCAACACUUACAGUAAUACCAACGGGAACCACCAUAGCAUUACAAUCUCAAUCACCUCUCAUUUAUAAUUGUAAACGUUAUAGUUGAAUGAAGUGUGAGCAUGUGGUCGUCUACAGGAUGCAGACUUUAUGGUCGCGAUUCGUCACAACGACCAUUGUACCUCAGCUCUGUAAAUGGAGGAUAUAGGAUCUUGACUCCGUCUUUCAGAUGCUGCUAAGGUACAGCGCUGUAUACUGAAGGAUAUUGCUCAGUUGUCAUAGCAACUGUCAGUGUUCAGCCCGUAUGUGCACCUGCAGGCAGUACAGUAUAUGGGGGUGCUGCUGGUAUAAAACAGAUGGGGACGCAUGCAUCAGCACACUUCAUCUACAACAGAGUUGCCAAGCUGAGAUCGGAGACUUCGAUGAGACCCAGAGCUGGCAGCACCUCCUUCACAAUAAGUAUCUGCCCGACCAAGACGCCAUUAGAGACGAGAUCAUAGACUGCCACCGCGAGCAUGUCGGGCAGACGCCGGCAGAGUCGGACUAUCAGCUGCUUGAAAUCGCACGGCGGUUAGAGAUGUAUGGUGUUCGCUUACACCCAGCGAAGGACCGCGAGGGUACUAAACUCAGCCUGGCUGUAGCAAACAGUGGAGUACUGGUUUUCCAGGGGAACACAAAAAUUAACUCUUUCAACUGGUCCAAGAUCCGUAAACUCAGCUUCAAACGUAAAAGGUUCCUAAUCAAGCUUAGAGCCGACCCCACUCAGAAUGCCCACCAUGACACGCUGGAGUUUGCCAUGGCCAGCAGGGACUGCUGUAAGGUUUUCUGGAAGAUCUGUGUCGAGUACCAUGCCUUCUUCAGACUCUUUGAGGAGCCCAAACCAAAACCCAAGCCCAUCCUCUUCACCCGAGGAUCCUCAUUCCGGUUCAGUGGUCGAACCCAGAAGCAAAUCAUUGAUUACGUUAAAGACUCCGAGCCCAAGAAAGUUCCAUUUGAAAGGAAGCACAGUAAGAUCCUGUCCAACAGCAGCAUAUCCCCUCAGUCUGCCUCCACAAAAUCACAUGUGCCAAAAGAGAGUGCCACGUCGAUCCCGUUAGCAGACCAGCCUGACUCAGACAGAUUGAGCCAUCUGGCUGUACCUAAUGGUUCGGAGGAGCCACAGGCGGUCACGCCCCCCACCAAUGGUCUUCAUGGCCUAACGGCAGCGCCUGGCUCAGACCCGACUCAGCCCCGACAGAACCACCACCUUGCGGGAUCAGUACUGGACCAGCAGCUCCUCAACCCAGGAAGUCCGGGUUCAGAGAAGUCUUCGUUGGGAGGUCCUCAUGUAGCAGUUAAUGGGAACGGCUCUGUGAAUGGGCAGAGAAUGGGAAGGACUGGGGUCCUGGGUGCUGAACAGAGUGCUGAAAUCCAGCCGUUAUCCCCACUUACCAGCCCGCUGCUUACCGAAGCGGGAUAUGUUCGCAACGAUGAGGAAGACGAGGCGAGGAGGAAGAAGUUUCCCACAGACAAGGCUUACUUUAUAGCCAAGGAACUAUUGACCACAGAGCGGACCUACCUCAAUGACCUGCAGGUUAUCACAGAGUCCUUCCACAGCGCUGUGGGGAAAGACGAGGCUUUCCCAGACUCUGUUAAGAGCCUGAUCUCUGCCAACUACGAUCCAGUGUACAAGUUUCAUCAGGGAUUCCUCAAAGAGACAGAGCAGCGGCUGGCGCAGUGGGAGGGCCGAUCUAACGCCCACAUUAAAGGAGACUAUCAGCGAAUUGGUGACGUUUUACUCAAGAACAUUCAGGGUCUCAGGCAGUUGACGAUUCAUCUCCAGAAACAUUCAGAGUGCCUGGUAGAACUGGAGCGGGCCUGUCGGUCCAGUCGGAAGGUGGAGACUUUAUGUCGAGACUUCGAGCAGCAACGGGUUUGCUACCUGCCCCUCAACAUCUUCCUCCUCAGGCCUCUUCACCGCCUGCUGCACUACAAACUUAUCCUGGAGAGGCUCUGCAAGCACUACCCGCCCACACAUGAUGACUUCAGGGACUGUAGAGCUGCCCUGGCGGACAUCUCGGAGAUGGUGUUGCAGCUUCAGGGAAUCAUGAUGAAGAUGGAGAACUUCCAGAAGCUUAUAGAACUGAAGAAGGAUCUGACCGGCGUCGAAGACCUCAUCAGCCCCGGAAGGGAGUUCAUCAGGCUCGGUUGCCUCAGCAAACUCUCUGGAAAGGGCCUUCAGCAGAGGAUGUUCUUCCUGUUUAGUGAUUGUUUGGUGUACACCAGUCGAGGCAUGACUCCAUCCAACCAGUUUAAGGUUCACGGCCAGCUGCCUCUCUAUGGCAUGACGAUCAGAGAAAGCGAGGAGGAGUGGGGAGUCCCUCAUUCGUUCACCUUGUUCGGGCAGCGGCAGUCUGUGGUGGUGGCAGCCAGCUGUACAUCAGAGAUGGAGCGCUGGGUGGAGGACAUCAGGAUGGCCAUCGACCUGGCAGAGCAGAGCAGCAGCUUAAACAAUGACCUGCUCUCUACCAGCCUCUCUGACAACAAGCUCUCAGAGGACGGAGGGGGCGAGCAGGAGUCUGAGGACGAGCUUGGAGGCUCGCGCUCGUCCCUGGAGCGCCAGGGUCAUCGCGGUAACACCACCAUGCAUGUCUGCUGGCAUCGCAACACCAGCGUUUCCAUGGUGGACUUUAGCAUAGCUGUGGAGAACCAGCUCUCAGGUAACCUGCUAAGGAAGUUUAAGAACAGCAAUGGCUGGCAGAAACUCUGGGUAGUUUUCACCAACUUCAGUCUGUUUUUCUACAAGUCACACCAGGAUGACUACCCUCUGGCGAGCCUUCCUCUGCUGGGCUACUCUGUCACCGUCCCAUCGGAGUCAGAAAACAUCCACAAGGACUACGUCUUCAAACUCCACUUCAAGUCUCACGUCUACUACUUCAGAUCAGAGAGCGAGUACACCUUUGAGAGGUGGAUGGAGGUGAUCCGGAGCGCAACCUGCUCUACUAGCCGAUCACUGCCGAGCACCAGGAAAGACCUUUACUGAUGAUUCCUCCACCUCCACCUCAUACUCUCUUGAGUGAAGAUCUCGACUGCACAAACACCAGGAAAGACUCUUCCAGCUGCACGAGCGGACACUAAUUAUUACCUCUGACUCCUUACACAGACUCCACUCAGAGGUCUUCCCUCUUCACCUUAUUAUUACACUUUCCACACCAUCAGUGUCUGAUUAGCAAAAACUGUCUGCAGUCAUCCACAAUGUAAUUCUAUGUGUAAUUUUUCCAUUUGUCCUUGUCAACCUGGAGCGCCACAUUGUGUUAUUUUUUUUUCUUCCACCAAAGCGAGAGAAAAGGCGUACCCGAGCGCGGGCGAAGGAUCUGAAUCCCUUUGGCCUCACUUUCUCCGAGCACUCCUCUGGUUCACUGAUAUUUGGCCGGUGCUUUAUAAUAUUUUAUAUUUCUGAAAUGGAUGAAAAGUAUCUUAAGAUCGGAAAUAAACGUUAUGUAGAAAGCUGUGUGCAUGUGGACACAAUAAUUAUGUUUUUAAUUGUAUGACAAUCUGUCUGUAUGUAAUUUGAUGACUUAAAUGUAAUGUAAGUUUGAACACAAGAAAUCCUGCAAUGUUUUUUUUAUCAUUAUUAUUAUUAUUAAGUCAUCUUUUUUGUACAGUACUUUUGACACUGUGAAAUAUUCUUAAUUCUUUUUUUUUCCUUUGUCUUGUUUCAAAACACCUGAAACCUUCCAAAGCCAACAGAGAUUUUGCUGGUUUAUUGCUAAUUACCUUCUCUUCAGUAUUCCUCAAGUUUUAUGGAUUUUACUAUUUUAAAAUAAAGAUGAAUAGAUUGUGUUCAUAUGGAACAAAAUGAAACUUAUACAAAAAUUUCUUUUUUUCUUUUUUUAUUGAGUUUAUCCCUUAGAGGGGAUGAACACAGCACAUGGAAGAUCAUACAAAAAAAAUCACGGUGAAUUUUUAUUUUUGAGGUAAACAAAGAUGUGCAGAAUGUAAAUAUUAAACACAUUGUCUGCAGAUUAGUGUAAAAUCAGAGUUCAUAUCUGUGUAAUAUAAAUGCUCUAAGCCUAGAGUGUCAAACUCAGUGAAAAUCUCCUUUCUGUCAGUAUAAACACAUUUAACUACA